ACAACGAGAUAUAAGUUGCAACUUCACGCGCGCGCGUUCGAGUUUACUUAAUUUUAGGUUAAACUUCUAGCCGAAUAGUCGGCUAUUCGGCCGAUGGCUCCACCGAAUAUUCGGUAUUCGUCCAAGCCACUACUCGUUGCAUCUCUAGUUGGUACCAUUUUCAAUAGUUAUUUGACCAUGCUUUGCCUUACUUCAAGUAGAUAAUAACGUAAGUCUUAGUGUGUUGCUGUUAGGGUUAGCACAUUGUCUUGUUUUUAUUAUCGUCAUACUAUUACUAACCCUUUUGAAAUUAAUUAAUAAGUUAUUGUUAUACUUUUUAUGGGUGUUAUAAAUAAUAUAAUUUAUCUAGUCACCAUCCGAAGGACCAACAAUUGACGAACACGAUGGCGACAAACAGGAGCGGUGCCGCGCGGCCGAAUGGCGUAUCGCAGACCAAAGUGUGCCAGUUCAGGCUGGUGCUGCUCGGCGAAAUCGCCGUGGGCAAGUCCUCGCUGGUGCUGCGCUUCGUCAAGGGCCAUUUCACCGAGUACCAGGCGAGCACGAUCGGCGCCGCCUUCCUCACGCAGACCGUGAGCCUCGAUAACACUACGGUCAAGUUUGAGAUUUGGGACACUGCGGGGCAGGAGAUGUACCACAGCUUAGCACCUAUGUACUACCGAGGGGCGCAGGCCGCUAUCGUCGUCUACGACAUCACCAACCAGGACUCAUUCAGGCGCGCGCGCAACUGGGUGAAGGAGCUUAAGCAGCAGGCGGCGCCGUCGAUAGUGAUCGCGCUCGCCGGCAACAAGAGCGACCUGGUCGCUAACAAUAGCCACCUGCGCAUGGUCGAGGUCGAGGAGGCCGAGGCGUAUGCCGACGAGAACAGACUGCUCUUCAUGGAGACCAGCGCCAAGACCGCCAUGAAUGUCAACGAUAUAUUCCUAGCGAUUGCGAAUAAGUUACCAAAGAGCGAAGGCGGCGGCGCCGGGACGGCGGGCGGCGCGCGGCGCCUCUACGACGGCGAGCAGCCGCGCAACCACUGCUGCAAGUGAUACACGAGGCCGGGGCAGGCGGACAUAGCGCGGGGACGGCGCGGCGGGCGACGUGUGUACC